AUGUGCCAUCGACUAGCAACCGCAGCAAGUCUCCAAGACGUCGGGUUCGAUCUCCGGAACGCGAUUCAAGAGCAAGGGGUGGAGACAUUGACCGAUACAUGCCUGCGUCUGAGCGAGAAAUGGAUCGUUCUCGAGAGACAGGCAAGGAAGGAGAAGCCGAGUCAUCCACGAAACCGCCUGCCAAGGAACCUGAGGAACGUCGAGCUCGUCGUCGUAGUCCAAGCCCUAUCCGACGACGGAGUCAUAGCAGACGGAGAAGCCGCAGUCGUCGACGAAGUCGCAGCCGGCGGAGAAGUCGAAGCAGAAGCCGUCGCAGAAGAAGUCAUAGCAGGUGAGGGACUUGGACUUGCUUGCAUGUAA